AUGACCUCGAAUUCGACCAUUGGCCCGGCUCUCCCAGCCCUUGGCCAUGCCCUCGCAGGUUCCACUGGUACUGCUAUCUCGAGCCUUGCCAUCUACCCACUUGACUUGAUUAUUACUCGACUUCAGGUCCAACGAUCAUUACGGAGGUCCUCCUCUUCGCCAAACGAAGGCGAAUACAAAGGCGUCGUAGAUGCAUUCAAGCGGAUCUACAAGAAGGAAGGAGGAAUUUCUACAUUCUACACUGGUGUUCUGCAAGAUACAGGGAAAUCCAUCACAGAUUCGUUCCUCUUCUUCCUGUUCUACAACUACCUUCGCUCCAGACGACUUCAGAAGCAUGGAACCAAAGCUACAAGCUUACCAGUAUUGGAUGAAUUGGCAGUUGGCGCUCUAGCAGGAGCAUGUUCAAAAUUCUUCACAGCCCCGAUUUCCAACGUCGUCACCCGGAAGCAGACUUCGUCCAUGAUCUCUGCUCACUCUUCCUCACCCACCGCCUCCCCUUCCGUCUUUGAUAUCGCCCAAUCGAUCCGUUCCGAAAAGGGUCUGCAAGGAUUCUGGUCAGGAUAUUCCGCAUCUCUGGUUCUCACCCUCAACCCAAGCAUCACAUUCUUCCUAUACGAGUUCUUCAAACGGGCUUUCCUCCCACGAGCACAGCGCGAUGAUCCCGGUGCCAGAGUCACCUUCUUAAUGGCCGCUGUGAGCAAGUCUAUCGCAUCAACGAUCACAUACCCCUUCUCUCUCGCCAAGGCACGAGCCCAAACAUCCUCUUCGCCACCAGAUGCGAAGAAUGUUGUCAAGAGAAGGACUGUAUUCGACACAAUCCUUAAGAUUUACCGAACAGAAGGAGCAGCUGCGUUGUAUGAAGGUAUUUGGGGCGAAAUAUUGAAAGGAUUCUUCAGCCAUGGCAUCACUAUGAUCGUCAAGGAGAGUAUUCACAAGCUGAUCAUCCAGACUUACUACAUCAUUCUCAAGGCACUGGAUAAGUACCCGAGUCCCUCGGAACUGACCAACCAAGCUGGAGUUGCGAUCCAGGAUGCGGGCGAGAAGGCUGGACAUAUGGUCAAGGAGGGAUAUGAAGGUAUCGCUGAGAGGGUUGGGCCUGAGAUGAGCCACGGGACGGGAACCAUAAAUGGGUUGCCAGGCUGA